AUGAGUUAUGCUACAGAGCCGCAUAAACAACAGGUGUUGAAUCGGAAUAACGAUCGCACGAUCAAUAGUGGACAUCUCGCUACUGUUCCUAACGAAAGGCUUCAAGAAAAGAGGCCCUCUCUUCCCCAUCAACAAAGUUCACGAACUGCGAAAAUAUGUGCUCGAUGCAACAAAGCAAUAGCGCGUGGGUCCUUGAAGGCACUUGGUCGUUACUACCACGAAGAGUGUUUUGUCUGUUAUGACUGCGGGAAAGUUUGCAAGCCCAAAUAUUUUCCUUUCGAAGAUCCCAAAACAAGAAAGCUCAUACCUCUAUGUCAACAAGACUACUUCAAGAGAAACAAUCUUUUAUGCUUUGUCUGCGGCAAGGCCUUGAGAGGCGUGUACUAUAACGCAUUUGGGAAGCUUUACGAUGAAGAGCAUUUUUGCUGUAAAAUUUGUAAAGAGAAGUGCGGGGUGAAUACUUGUUUCAACUACCAAGAUGAUCUCUAUUGCAAAUACCAUUUCCUAAAAUUUUUUUCAAACCGCUGUAAAGGUUGUCAAUACCCCAUCUCAGACCAAUAUAUUGAAUUUCCAAGGGGCGAGGAAGUUCAUCGCUGGCAUCCUGAGUGCUAUGGUGUCCAUAAAUAUUGGCAUGUUAGCCUUCCCCCAGAAGCGGUGGGGCUGCCUCAGAUAAAGCGUGCUGAUCCAAAUGACAUUUUUCUUGGUGAAGAGCAUCUCUCCAAUCGUACUGACUUGGAAAAGUACGUGUUCACAUUUAAUAAACUUGUUUCCAAGACGUGGUCUGUCCUCUAUCGUUUCGAGGAGGAGACAGCGAUUUGCAUUUCAGACAUGUUCCAGUACCUGACUAGCUUCGAUCAACUCAAAGGUCUCAAUUCUACAGCUUUAUUCGUUCUUAAAAUCGAGUGCCUUUUCAGAGCACUCGACUCUUUAGAUUCGCUUUGUGGAUACAAUCUGUUCGGCAAACCCCAGGGAAAGUAUGGUGACCCCGCCGAUGACAGGCUCGAAGCUGCAGACAACGACGUUAGUUCGGAAACUGUUGAUACGAUUAACUUGAAGUAUGCGAAGUUUCCCCGGAACCUUUCGACAAAAGUAAUGAUCUAUCUACAACUGUUACGCAAGCUUAGCUCUGCCUCGCGUGAAAAGGACGUGAAUGUUUCAUCUUUAAUGUCUGUGAUCACUGGUGUGGCACACUUUUUAAAGUUAUUGGUUCGCCAUGGUUUGCAAACCGCGCUUGACCGCAACAGAUCUGUGCAUUCAGCUAACGCUCUCAUCAAGUUUUUAAGGGAAAUUGAGAAAAACGAACUUGUCUCUGGAGACCCGUUUCGUCUUAUCAAUGUCAGUAUCAACGCGACAGACUGUUGUGCAGCUUGCGGAAAGUAUAUUCAGGAGGACUGUAUCCAAUUCAAAGCGCGAAGAUGGCACAAGGGUUGUUUCAGCUGUUCGAUAUGCCAACGGCAUAUUGAUCUUUAUGGUGUUGCUGAUGCUGCAUUUAAUACAAAGGCCAACAGCGUCUUAUGCGCUCAGUGCGCCGUAGGAGAUCCAGACUCUUCUUCUGGCUUCAAAUCUGUGACGAAGCUUGCUCAGUUAAUUUUUCUUUUAAAGAUUGCAUUAGUGCGAUCCAAAGCUGUCAUGGAAAUCCAGCUUAAGAAUAGGGAAGCUUUAAAACGAUCAAACAGCGUUAAAGAAUCGAUUUCGAUGCAACAGACAUACAUACGGACGCUGAAUGAUAUUAAGAGACUGAAGUCUAGAAGGCAGAGCGUUCCCCUUACGACAAACAAGCAAGAAGCGCGCAGGUCGCGUAUUCUUGAAACUUCGGAGAUGGACACAGGGAGGUCUUCGCAGCCCGAGGACAAAUGUCUUGUUAUCCAAACCGAUAAGAGCCCAGAAACCGAACCUGAAAAUCAAAACAUGUUUAAUAGCACAAAGACACUGACGCUUGAUGAUAUUUCCCGAAUUGUUGCUGCCGAACAAGCAAGAGAGUUAAGGCCUAAUGCAUUCGCUUAUUUCAAAAAGUUAAAGGAUAACGAUGAUGAUGCCGUGAAUAUUAUGAAUAAAAAGAGCGGAAUCUACUACUCAGAGUUGAAAUUCGAAGAACUGUAUCUUAUCAAAUUAAUAUCGUUAUCCCUCCUCAAUGCAUCUUCAAUAGAUGUUAUGAAGGAUGAAGCUACUGUUAACAGCCUAGUUCCUUCGCCUCCGAAAUCACUGAAAAACGGUGCUAAUUUUUGGUCGAAAAUGAGAACAAUAAUGAGCAAGGACGGAAAGAGGGGUUACAGCAAAAAAGUUUUCGGGACGUCUUUGGAAGUAUUAACUACACAAUGGGGUGUUGAUUCUGAUCUGGGCAUUGGCCCUUCCAAGAUCAAAAUUCCUAUAAUCGUUGAUGAGCUGAUAUCGUCUUUGAGGCAGCUGGACAUGUCAGUAGAGGGGGUUUUCAGAAAAAAUGGCAAUAUACGCAGACUACGUGAGCUUGCAGUGGCUAUUGAUGAUAAUCCUUCAGAGGUUCCAGACUUAUCUAAGGAAAAUGCUGUACAGCUGUCCGCAUUGCUCAAGAAAUUUCUAAGGGAAUUGCCAGACCCGCUACUGACAUUUCCGUUGUACAAGCUGUGGAUUGAAAUUGCCAAAAUAGAGUCAGAUCUCGAAAGACACAAGUAUUUCGGCUUGUUAUAUGCCUUGCUUCCCGGAUUCAACCGGAGUGUUGCUGAAGUUCUAUUCUCAUUUUUGCAUUGGACAUCAUCUUUUUCGCAUAUUGAUAGUCAAAUGGGAUCCAAAAUGGAUAUACACAACUUAUCGACUGUUAUUACACCGAAUAUUUUAUAUGAGCAGGGGGCAACGUCCGCGCAGCCAACAGUUCAUGGAGGAGCUAUUCAUAAUACCUACAAUGAUGCAUUUGCCCAAAAUGAAGGUGAGAAUUAUUUUUUGGCGAUUGAAGUUGUUGACUAUCUUAUAAACCAUAACGAAGAUCUAUCUGUGGUUCCGAAAUAUAUGGCCACUCUAUUGAAGGAAGUUAAAGAGAAGCAACUCUUUGGUUUUGAGGCAAUAAAAGGCUUUGUUAGUGCCCAACUAGAGGGUGGUAGGUUGAACUUUUCUGAAUAUGACGUUGUCGAAUCUGUUAAAAUGAAAACCUCUUCGUCUGUCGCAAAACUUGAAGUCAAAGGAAACAAUGCAUCAUAA